GACAGCGCGAGAGACCGGAGUUGCCGGACCGAGCCGCUGACAUAGUAAAUGUCCGAAUAAAAUACACACUUGGAAAAAGAGAGAAAAAUUAGGGCCAUUGGGAAGGCUGAAGUGUGCUAAGCUAGCAAUCAUACCGAAUCGACAGCAAAAGCGAUCGCUCGCAAUCUGCGCACGGAAAAUCCGAGACUCGGCAACUUAGCAGGACGAUAGAGCGACAGCGAUCCCGAAGGCAGGACGACAAAUGGCGGAGAACGGACUGCGCGUGCCAGGGUCAUCCGCGGUGGCCUCUGCGGUGGCUUCCACUGCGACGGGAGUCGGCGGUGGAUCAGCAGUGGGAACUGCGGGGGCCGGGACAGGAGUGGUGCCCACCGGCGGCAGCGGCGGGACGAGCAACGGGGAGCAUGAGAACGAACACAACGCCAAUGCAGACGGCGAGAAGGCCCAGCCGGCGCCGGCGGUCCAGAAGUACAUGCAGGAGCUCAUGACGGAGCGAUCGCGCAUGGAAAACCACUUCCCCCUGGCGGUGAAGCUAAUUGACGAAGCUCUGGAGCGUGUGCAGCUAAACGGACGCAUUCCCACGAGAGACCAGUACGCCGAUGUCUACCAGCAGCGCACCAUCAAGCUGUCCCAAAAAGUGCACGUGCCCAUCAAGGACAAGAAGUUCAACUAUGUGGGCAAGCUACUGGGGCCCAAGGGCAACUCACUGCGUCGCCUGCAGGAGGAGACGCAGUGUAAGAUCGUCAUACUUGGUCGCUUCUCAAUGAAGGAUCGCGCCCGUGAGGAGGAGCUGCGCAACUCCGCGGACGCAAAGUACGCCCACCUGAAUCUUCCGCUGCACGUCGAGGUGUCCACCAUUGCUCCGCCCGCCGAGGCGUACGCUCGUGUGGCGUAUGCCCUGGCUGAGAUUCGACGGUACCUCACGCCGGACAAGCACGAUGAUAUCCGCCAAGAGCAGUACCGGGAACUCAUGGAGGAUCCGGAGGCGGCCAAGAAGCUGACGCUUCGCCAGCUGCAACAGCAGUCGAAUGCGGCAGCUAGUGGUGCAGGAGGAGGAGGCGGUGGUGGAGGCGGAAACGGAAAUGGCGGCGCAGCUGGGUCCGGCAACAACAAUGGCAAUGGGAACCAGCGCUCCGGCGGCAACUACAGACAAAAGUUUCAGCAACAAUCACACUAUCGCCACAACGAGGAGACUGUCUAUUUUCGCUCACACAACAAUGCGUACCACCAGCCAAAACCCUAUGUGCCAGCCGCCCAGAGGGGCAAUGCCAUGCACACAACCUUGCCACCGCAAGCAAUUGUGCGAGCCUCACCGCCCGGAAUGGUCGUCAGUGCGGCCAGCUUCAAUGGCCGAAACGCCGGGCUGGGCAAUGCCGGCGGUGGCGGAAUCAUGGCCAAUAGCAUCGUGGCCACCACUGGCGGUGGCAUCGGUGGCGCUGUGCCACCCAACAUGCGCUACCGUCCCGCUGCCCCCUAUCAGUUUGUCAAGAAAUAAUACAGAUGGGAGGAUGCACCGCCCGCUGCCGUUCGCUGUUUGUUCAACUAUUCCUCACCAUCAUUGAUGCCUCAUCCGGAAGUAUUCACGCCCAUCUGUCAUACCCAUCCAAACACCCACAGCCACACACAGCUCCAAAGGUAGAUGUAGUAACUAUGAGAACAUUGGAAACUUGUCAUGCAUUGAUUUCAUCAAGAUUUCGGCAGGGUGGAAACCAAAACGAAACGAAUGAGUAAAUCUAUGUUUAAGAAAACUAGCCUAAGUAGACAAAUGCUCCGAGGAACAGACGAACACCUCAGCCACCCAACCAAAACCAAAACUAACCGACCAGACAAACACCCACCACCCCACACGCACGCAACCUCUUCUCGAGGAUUGGGUUCGAAGGAUCACGAGGGUCUGCGAUCUAAGACUUUGGAAUCCGUGUGUUGGGCCCUGCGAGCAUUUGGAAGAGAAGAAUUGAAGGAGGAGAACGAAGAGGAGGUGGAGAACGCCUCGAUGUUGGAUCGGGCCAAAUCGAAUGGACGCAUUCAAGGAUGGUCCCAGUCGAGCCAAAUGUCCUUGUUUUGUUUUGUCGCAUAUUAUUAACAUUUUAAUUUUACCACUGACGCAUGCGAAGAUGUCAUCAAUUUGUAAUUUAUAUAAAUGAAUAUAUAUAUCUCCUUAUGCUUACUCUCAUACGUAUCCUUCUCGCAGUCGCUUAACUCUAUUGCUUUUCCAACUCUGCGUUUAAGUUUAUCCCAUUUUUUGUUGUAAUGCCUUUUGUAUUAUGUUUACGUUUAGAAGAGGAGGCUUUUUAUUUUUAUUUGUUACGUCGCCAGGACAGAGAAAGCAACUGCAAACGAUCAUGAAUAAUAUAUAACAAGUAUAUACAAGUGGUAUGAUUUAUAACACAUAGUGCAUAUGCAACACCACUCGAUCAUACGCGCGUACGCAUAUUCAAAGCAUCAGCAUAUUCACCUAAAGCCGUAAAGUUUAAACCAAAUGAACAUUAGAAACGCAAACGAGAAUCUAAAACACAGAUCGGAGCAGGAGACCGAUUUCGCCUACGAUAAUGCAAAUGCAACGGACAUAGUAAACCACAUCCGAUCAGAGAAAAUAUGCAAACACAUACAUACAUACAUAAUUGUUAUUGUUGUUAAAAGCAACUAAAAUUGUAAUAGAAAUUAUGCAAAUAUACAUACGAAUAUGACGACAAAUGUUAA